AUGGCGGAUAGGAAUGUUGCAAAGUUGCUCAGCAGGUGCUGCAAGAAUGUAUCUGGGAGACUGAGGGUGUCUGAGCUCGUUUUCGACGUUCCUGUGGACUACUCAAACCCAGCUUCCCAAUCGCUCCGCCUGUUCGCACGAGGCGUUCAGCGGCGAGUACCAGGCUCUUCUUUUGAUGAUAAAGAAAGACAGCUGCCUUGGAUCGUCUUCCUGCAGGGUGGGCCUGGAGGAGCCUGUCCACAGCCCCAGGAGGUUGGCUGGGUCGGUCCAUUGCUGGAUCGAGGAUACCAAGUUCUUCUCCUCGACCAGCGAGGAACUGGUCUUUCAACUCCUAUUACUGCUGCAACACUGGCGCUUCACGGAAAUGCAGCCCAGCAGGCCGAGUAUCUUAGAUUGUUUCGUGCCGACAAUAUCGUGCGGGACUGUGAAGCAGUUCGUAAGGUGUUAACGGCCUUCUACCCCGCAGAUAGGCAGAGAUGGAGCGUCCUCGGCCAGAGCUUUGGUGGCUUCUGUGCCGUAACGUAUCUUUCCAAGCAUCCAGAGGGAUUAAAAGAAGUUUUUACAACGGGUGGAUUGCCACCCCUUGUAAAUAAACCAGACCCUGUUUAUGAACGAACUUAUGAAAAGGUCCAAUCGCGGAAUAAAGUGUACUAUUCGAAGUUCCCUGAAGACGAAGAUCGGGUGCGGCUCAUAGUCAGCUAUCUCAAAUCAAAAACCGUUCAGUUUCCCGACGGCUCCUCUUUAACGCCAGAACGUUUCCUCCAGUUAGGAAUUCAUUUCGGCAUGAAAGGUGGCGUUGACUUGGUACACAGCAUCAUAUUAAGAUGUAUCAACGACUUGGACAUUUUUGGCUUCCUCGCCAGGCCUACCCUAUCCUUGAUUGAAAGUGACACUAGUGCAGACAACGGCAUUCUGUAUGCAGUAAUGCACGAGUCUAUCUACUGCCAGGGGCAAGCAUCGAACUGGGCUGCAGAAAGAUUACUACCACAAUUUCCUGGGUUCCGAGGAGCUCAUAAUCCCGACGGCAUCUACUUCACCGGGGAAAUGGUAUACAAGCAUUGGUUCGAUUCAUCCAAGGAGCUCGGCCAGCUCAAAGAAGUAGCUAAUAUCCUCGCUUCAUACGACGAUUGGCCGGAGUUGUAUGACAAAGAGCAGCUUGCACGGAACGAAGUCCCGGUGUAUUCAGCUACAUAUGUCGAGGAUAUGUACGUGCAUUUCAGCUACGCAACCGAAACAGCAAAUACCAUUCGCAACUGUAAGCAGUUCAUCACCAACACCAUGUACCACAAUGGGCUGCGUUCGGACUCCUCUGAGCUGAUUGGGCAACUGUUUGCUCUUCGUGAUGAUACAAUCGACUAG